AUGGGCCCACUAUGGCUCGUUACAAUGAUUGCUAGUGCAUACUUCUUCCUCAGUUUUACUCUCGGUGAAAACAGUCCUGAUUUCCGGAGUUUGAGUUCUAAUUUCCAUUCACGUCGAUCGAGAAUUGAUCAACGCCAUCUUCAGAGAAGACAAGACCCACAACAAGAGCUGAAAUUGAGUCCACAGGCAUUACAAUCGGCAAGUAAUUCACCUGGAAAGCCCGUUGGCCCACAGGUGCCUUCGCUUACUAGUCCAAACAAUUUUAUCAAUUUUUGCAUAUCAACUCAGGGAAGGGCACACAAUGCUGUGAUCUUGAAUGGCGCUCAAAGCAAGAAUGGUCCCGCCUGUAAUGGAAUUCCAAUGGGGAUGAUACCUGGUCAAGAUAAUUUACCGCAUUGUAGAUUUGAAUCUCCUAAAAACAUGGACAAAUUGCCACCUGGCAAGACUUUCAAAGUGACAUUGGUGAUCAAAAAUCUCAUCACCGGCAGUUUCACAAAUCCGGAGAAAACUUUCUAUUCUGCUCCUACGCAGCUUGAUCCCAAAACUCUGUUCGUGGUUGGUCACACCCACAUUGUGAUUUCACAAGUCCAGAGUCUUAGUUCAAAUGAAAUUCUAGAUCCCUUCAAGUUCAAGUUCUUCAAAGGGGUUGAUGGUGCUGCAGACAAAGAUGGAAAGGUCUCGCUAGAAGUCAAAGAUGGAUUACCAGCGGGUAUCUAUAGGAUCACUUCCUUGAAUAGUGCAUCUAAUCAUCAGCCAAUCGCCGCCCCUUUGGCCCAACGUGGGAGUUAUGAUGAUGCCAUAUACAUCACCGUUCAAUAG